GGGAACUGGCUUGGAGUGCAGGUCUGUGGACGUAUGUGACAGUGAGAGGAGGCACCGGCAUCCGUUACAUCCCUCAGCCUCAGUGCAGGUGGGUGAGCCGAGGCGGAGGAAGGCGGCCAGGUGGAGCCGGAGGCUCGUGAGAGUGCGUGUUCGCUGAAGGAAAAAAUAAGCGUUGCGUCUUUUGUCUCUUCGCCUUUUGUUUUCCGUUGAUGUGAACGAGCAGCUGUGGUACUGGGCUGGCUGACUGGCUCUCGCGUUCAACACAAGUCGACCAGGUCCCUGUGUUUCCCGGGAGACUGGCUUGAGUGAGUGGAAACAGCUACGAGAUGUGUGGAGCCUCAGACUCCUAUUCAGCAGUUACACACCAACUCUUUGUGGGAAAAUGUUUACCUUCAACAACUUUCUUGAAUGCCUCCUGGUACUCUGAGAGUGAUUUAACUGCAAAACUAUUUUAAGGUCCGUCUGUCUAACUCUGGAGCUUUCCCAAAUAAUCACUGAGAAUGUCAGGUCUGGUUGAGCCGAGGAAAGGGAGUUUUUUUAAGCUGGUUGACACGCUUGCAUCCGAGAUUGGAGAACUGAAAAUGGUCAAUUCAGUUUCUGAUUUAGACGAAGAUGCUCACUAUGCUAGGUGGCUACGUUUGCAAGGGGAUAUGGAUUAUGACCAUGAGAGAGAACAAGCUGCUAAACACUGGCUGAGGGAUUCCGGCUAUGAAAGCUUCCUAUGCAACCUCAGCAUUUUUGAUCGACUUCUGCAUACCCAUCCAGUCUGGCUACAACUCGGCUUGAGUGAUGAGGAUUGUCUACGCAUUCUGCAGCCCGAGGAUGCUGGGAUCUUCCUAGUUCGAAAAUCAUGCAGGACACAGAAGAAAAUCAUAUCUGUACGAUUAUCUGAGCCAGGACCACACUUUAUACAAGACUUUCCAAUAAAGGAAAGCCAAUAUACGUUCUCGCUUGAAGGUUCCUGCUUGAGCUUCGCGGACUUGUUUAGGCUCAUUGCUUUCUACUGUAUUAGCAGGGACGUGCUGCCUUUCCCUUUAAAACUUCCUCAUGGAAUCAAAACUGCGAAGACAGAGACAGAAUUGGAAGCAAUUGCUUUCUUGGGUCUGGAGUUCUGGAGUUCUCCUGUGUACAAGAGAGUAGCCAAGAGCCCUGCACCUCCUACCAGUCCUCUCGGCAAAGGCAGUACUUGCACAGAGACGAAGCAGCACUCGCUCUCCAAUGAGCUACAUUCCAUACGAACACGAACGCCUUCAGAGCUGGAAUGCAGCCAGACUAAUGGUGCUUUGUGCUUUAUAAAUCCCCUUUUUCUAGAAGUGCACAGUAAAGAUCUUAACAGCAGCCUGAAUAGGCAGUGUUCAAAAACCAGGGAGACAGGCAGGCCCUAUUCCCCUCCUCCUCGGCCACCGCCACCACGGCUGAGCACGAAUAUGAACCGGGCAAGCGGCACAAGGACAAGCAGCAACCAGGCGGGUGAAGACACUGGCACGUUCAAGCUCCCAGACUCAAAAGUGACUCCAAUUCCACCGCCUCGCAGCAAGAAGCUGGCUACUAGUUCAGAAAUAGAAAGAAAUUUGACACCUCCGCCGAAGACUGCAGUGAAACCUUUUGAUUGCACAGCAGAAGAGGCAGUAACUGCUGGAAGCAAGGGCGAGGCUCAGAUGUUGCACAACGUGGCUUGCAGCAGUGAGAGAUCAGCUACAAGUAUUAGUGCACAGAUCCAGGAAAUCAAAGACAGACAGCGGCUGAGUGACAUGAGCAUGUCAACCACAUCUACUGAGUCGGAUUCUAGCACUAUGGACAUUGAGCGCAAUUGCCCAUACAAUCAUGAAGGUGACACAAACAGCAGCUUGGAAGAUUCUGAUGCCGAGAGUGAUCAAGAGGUUGACCCCCCAGCUUGCACCCCAAAGAAGAAAAGGCACGGGUCCUUCGUCUUCCCAAAAAUUGUAAAGACGCACAUUCAAAAAGUGAGUGGUGUGUUCAGUUCCUUUAUGACUCCAGAGAAGAGGAUGGUGAAGAAAAUUGCAGAGAUGGCCCAGGACAAGCACACAUACUUUGGGUGCCUGAUCCAGGACUACAUCAACUUCUUCAAGGAAAACAGGGACUGCCACGUCUCCAGCACAGACAUGCUGCUCACUAUUCGCCAGUUCAUGACCCAAGUUAAAAUCUACUUGACCCAGAGCUCAGAACUGAACCCACCAAUAGAGUCUCUCAUUCCAGAAGAUGAAAUAGAUAUUGUUUUAGAAAAAGCAAUGCAUAAAUGCAUUCUGAAGCCCCUGAAAUCUUACAUUUAUACGACCCUUUUACAAUUUCAUGCUGCUGAUGGUUCCUGGAAGCAGUUGAAAGAAAAUCUACUCUCCGUUAAGCAGAAGGUACCUCAGGAACUGGGAGUAAACGCGGCCAUCCCAGAUACCAUGACCCUGGAGAAAAUAAAGCAUAAGUUUUCAAAAAUGCGCAAGACGUAUUCUCCUGAGAAGAAGGUGUUUCUCCUGCUCAGGGUCUGCAAAGUUAUCUACACUGUAAUGGAAAACAACUCAGGGAGAUUAUAUGGGGCAGAUGACUUCUUGCCGAUGUUGACCUAUAUAAUAGCCCAGUGUGACAUGCCUGAGUUGGAUAUUGAAAUUGAAUACAUGAUGGAGCUCUUGGACCCAUCACUGCUGCAUGGUGAAGGUGGCUAUUACCUGACAAGUGCAUAUGGAGCCCUGUCACUAAUAAAGAAUUUCCAAGAGGAGCAAGCAGCCAGGUUACUGAGCUCCCAGACCAGGAACACUCUGAAUCAAUGGCACAAGAGAAGGACCACUAACAAUAGAAGCAUUCCCUCUGUGGAGGACUUCCAGAACUACCUACGUGUGGCCUUCAACAACAUGACAAGCGGCUGCACAGCCAAGACUUUACUGGUACAACCAUUUACUACAACAGAGGAGCUGUGCGCUCUUUGUGCAGCCAAGUUCCAAGUCGAGGACACUCACAACUAUGGGCUAUUCCUCCUCAUAAAUGACACUUGGCAGCAGUUGGCUCUCGACACCUUCCCACAGAAGAUCAAAGCAGAGCUACACAGCAGGCCUCAAACCCAGCUUUUCCAUUUUGUCUACAAGCGCCUGCACAGUGACCUUCCCAACAACAACAACGUCGUUUCUGAGGAAUGUAACAGAACUUCGUGAUCAAGGAUUUUUGCUGUCGUCAGACACCCUGAAGGCCAUUUCAUUUUAUUUGUGCUCACUUUAAUAGCAUGCUGAGGGUGCAUGCUUUUCUAACCCAGUAAACCUUAACAUGUGAAGCCUUGCCAAUGUUCAUGGAACCAUGUGCAAUGCUUUGCAAGAGAUGCAGCUGGUUAUUGGGUCACUGCAUUAUCUUGCAAUAGGAAUUCGCUCUGUGUGGCAAAGACCAGUUAGAUGCAAUGCAUCAGUAAAACUGUCACUGUAGUUGGAUGAUUUGCAUCCUGCUCUUAGACUUAAAACAAAAAGUGGGAAUAAAAUCAGUUUGGGCGCAGGCUGCAUAAAUGGUUUUAUGUCUAUAGGAAGACUGUUUCUGUGGAUCCCAGAGACGUUAAUUUGAUAGCAGUUGCUGGUUAACUGAGAGCUCUCUUAUUAUUAUAUUUUAUAAGCCAGAAUUUAUUAUUCUUGUAAACAUCUGGGCAUAUAAUGGUAACAAUUAAUUUGGGGAUUUUUUUUAUUAUUCACUAUGUAUAUUGUUUUUUUUUUAAAUCUUGACCAUAAUGUUUGCGCUGAUGAAUGAAAUUAUUCUUUGGAUCAUUCUCCUUACACAUGUUGUACAAUAAUGUAGUAGUGUGUCAGUGCUUUCUGUCUUGCAACAUCAUUGGUAUUUCGAUUCGGCCCCAGCAUCAAAAUGGAUUACGGUAUCAUGCUGUAAAAUAUUUGGUGGCCUUUGUACAGGAAAGGGAUUACUGUUCCAGGCAUAGUGAUCGGUGUCCAUUUCCACGUUGGUGCAGAACAGAUUUAUUGGAACAAUGUCUGGGAUUCAGGACAAUAGAUAUGUGGAGAGACGUUAAAAACCUAGGUUGUUUUCCUUGGAAUAGACAUGUUUAAGAGGAGGUGUAAUGGAGGUCUUCAGUGAGUAAGAGGAAUGUUUUCCAGUUGAUAGAAUCAGUAAUCAGCAGGCUUCGAUUUAAAACAAUUGGCAAAGGAAUUAGAGGUGACAUUUGCAGAGCUGGAAUUUGAGCAAAGGGCUAUCAUUCCUAUGAAUCUGGAGAAAACACAAGGUGUGGGAAACAGUAAGCUGGGUGUUGAAGCACGCUAAUAGUGAUUCAGUGUCACACAGCCCUGCCCCACGUCUUCAUUCACCAGGUCCAACACUUGCCUUUAUUGGAUCUUGCUCCUCCUUAUACAAGUCAGCAGGUUUGUGGGGCUGUGGCCAGGGUUAAUCUGGGUGCGCUUAGGGUUAGUGGGGGGGUGUGUCCCCUUGGACCUUAGGACUAGGUUUGAGGGUAGGGCUGGUGGAUGUAUUGUGGGGUUGGGAUAGAUAAGGUUGUGGAGUUGUGUGUGGUGAUGAUGUGAGGCUUUGGUGGAUAGGGUAGUAUAGUGGCUGUGGGGUUGUGGCCAAGGUUAAUUGGGGUGCACCUCAGGUUACAGGGGGUUGUGUGCCUGCUUGGACCUUAGGAUUAGGUUUGAGGGUAGGAUUGACAGAUGUACAUGUGGGUCUGGGAAAGAUAUAGUUGUGCAGUUUUGUGUGGUGAAGUUUGAAGUGCUAUGGCAGAUAGAAUAGUGCAGUGGAGCCACUUUAAUUUGGCCCAAGCCUUUCAUUAUUUUGGUCCAACACCACUUGGCUUAGUGAACUGGGUCUUCAAAGGGACACAUCAUCAGUAAUGCAGCCUGGGGACAUUGGAUGUUUCGGGUCUUUAAUCAUUAGACACUCUCUCCGAUGCGAUCCAGCCAGGGUUGAUCAGGCCCAGCUUGUGUUUAUCCCAUGGACCAAGAUAAUGAGAGGCAUGUAAUUCUGAGGGUAAUGAUAUUUUUAAGCCUCAUUACCUGGCAUCUGUAUGCCUGGGAUUUGCAUGGGGUUAAAUUGACAGUGUUUACUGCAGAUUCAGUAUCCCUCCACACUCUGAUGGAGUUUAGUGGUGAGUUAUUUUCUGCGGACCCAGCUUGGGUUUAACUUACUGGUUCUCCCUCACCUAGCAUGCUGUAUCUAAGACAAGUGUUUAUGAACACUAGAUGCCCAAAGUGAAGAAUGCUGUUUUCCCUAUAAGUAUCAUCACUCAUUUGAUGAGAACAGAAUUCAUGUUAUUGGUUCAGCCCCUUGGAGCUUUAAUAUUAUAAAGUUGGGCAUUGUAAAGUGUGGAUGAGGAAGGGAUGGGGGUAAGUGAUUGGCAUAAGAGAAAAACAAAAUGAUUUGGUUUCUCAGAAGGUCAGAGUGAACUGAGCAGGGAAGAAGACAGACCUGGACAGAUAAUCAUAGAUUUGGCUUCUAGCUUUACCUCUCACUUACAGUAAGUCCACCUACUGUCAUCCUUUGCUGCUGGGAUGCCAGAUGAUAUUCAGGGUAGAAAGGAAAACCUGAUACUGUAUCUAAAGUCAGUUGUUUACAUUACUGUAUCUUUACUGCAAUCAAUUGAAACUUCAACAUUCCAAGCUAGCAGUUUUGAGUGUGCUAUACUAAAUGGUAACUUUUCAAUAGCCGCUAUCUUUACAACUUGCAUUGAGGACCCCACUACAAAUUACUGACUGUAGUCUGCGUUGACCUUUUGUGUUAUACUGUGAAAUUAGAUGAACUUUAAAGUACUUUAUUCAUGUCAACAAUUCGAGUGAAAAUUCAGCCAAGAUUAACACAAUCAAGCACUUCUUUGUGCUGUAAUUGGACUGUUGUAGGAAAGUGGUUCUAAAGUUGAUGGACUGAGUUCGAGGCACUUAAAAUGAGUGGUGGAAAGUGGAAAUCUUCACAUUGUAACAGUGAGGCCAUUUGGAAGACCUGCUUCCUGGUCAGUAAACGGGAAGCAUCCAUGAUACACUGAGCCUGUCCGAUCCUGGCACUGUUAAAUUUCCUGCUCUGCCUAAGUUUAUAGUCGACCUCAUGCCGGUAUUCACAACGGGAAAAUCAGGAGCAGGGCCUGGAUCUUUGAAACUCACAGCGGAGGAUAUUCUAGUUGUCAGUGGAAGAGAAAGAGAUACACACAUAAAACCAUGUCCAAACUAUGAAUCUUGUGAUUCCAUUUCUGAUUUACCUCUGCAAAUAAGCACUCCACAAGUGUAGUUGCUGGUAAGAGGAGUGUCUUCUGAAACUUUGUUAGUGUGCUCAGACUGGUGUACAUUGGUCAGAUUUGUCCCUGUGGGGAACCUUGGAGUAACAAAAAAAAAGAUCAUAGAUAACAGGAGACUGCAGAUGCUUGGAUCUGGAAAAAAAACACAAGCUGCUGGACAAACUUAGUGGGUGAGGCAAAAUCUGUGGACCUGUUCUGAUGCAGAUCUCAACUCAAAACACCAGCUUUUCUGUUCACCUCCACAAAUACUGACUCACUAAGUUCCUCCAGCACUUUGUUUUUCAAUAAGAUCAGCAACCUGGGUCUCCAAUCUUUUGCUCCUUCCUGGUUCAUGGAAUGGACAGUCCCCAGAAAAAGGGGAUUUAGCAGCACCAAAGCUGAAUGUGCUCAGUGAUAUCAUUAAAAGUGGAGCACAAAAUGCUCCACUUCCUUGAACCAUUCCUUCCUUAUAGCCUCAAUAAUAUAAUAAAGAGCUCUACCUUGUUUCUCCAAACUUUCCCAACUGAUUGUAGAAUGAAAUUAUUAUUUGCUUAUAAAUCCAAAGGAAAAGCUUGAUGCUGAAAGACAUGGAAGCAAAUUGAGGGUAAGAGAAAAACAGAAUGGAAUCAAGUAUUUUAAGUAAAAUGCUAUAAAUCUGCUCUAUAUGCAGUUUGUAUCUGCAGAGUGACUGGGCUCCAUGUAACAAAAGGGUGGCAUCUACAUUGCCAGGAUCUGACAUUUUUGGCCUCUACAAAGGUGAUUUGUUAAACAGGCAAAGAUAUUUCUAAAUUCUACAUGCAAAAUUUUCCACAAAUAGGGCACGAGAGGCAUUUGUAUCAUUUGCACAUCAAGUAUGUAAUCCCAUUCUUGAGCUGCUCACUGUAGUCCUGGCUGUUUGCCAAUUAUUGGAUAAAUAUCCUGAAGUCUUCCAAGCUUAAUCUUGACUGCCAUACAAAGUAUGAUAUCUUUCUUAGCUGCAAAAAAUGUUUCAAACAAUUUCAUUUCUGAUUCUCUGUUCAACCACAUAAGCCAGUAAGAUAUAUAUUCUGUACAUGAGCCCCCCUUGAUGUUUUCAGCAGUUGCAAGACUGAUAAAUCACAAGAGAACCACAGGCAUUGGGAGUUGCCGUGACUCCCAUGAAUUGGCAUUAUAUUCUUCUAAACAAGCCUGUAGUCCAGGAGUUUCUAGAUUUCCAUUAGCUUCAUUUAAGUUUAUCUUCUUUUAUUUUCAAGGUUUUCAUGAACCAGAUCCUGGUUUUAAUGCUCGUUUACUUGUAUAUUUCUAGAAAAGUUAGGCAUUUUAUGCAAUGGCAGCUCAUUCACUGGUUAAUGCAAGUUUCUGUUUCAGUGAUACAAUUGAGCUUUGUUCUGUGCAUCAGACGGUUUAGAAAGCAAAAUUGACAAUUGCCAGUUCAAUGUAGGUUAUACCAUUGUAAACUAUGGGAACAAAUUGUUAACCUAAAAUUGGCUUGCAUCAAGAUUACAUUUAGGUAGAUUGUCUCUUUAAUGAAACUGCAUUUGUGAUUUGUAUUUGUAGUUUAGAACAGCACUAAGAAUUUGUAUACCAUUGUGACAAAAAUACUUGGAUACUUCAAUCCAAACCCCUUUAAUACUGUAGCCACAUUCUGUGCAUACUACAUACAACCGAAAUAUUGAAUUUUGCACUCAAUAAAAAUUGAAUGUUUCA